CAUUUGAGAGUUUGGGUUGGGAUCAAAAUCAUCAAUAUGCCAAGCUCAAGACGUGCCAUAAUGAAACACAUAUUGUCCGGAAUGUGCAGCAAAAUGAAUCGCACUAAAGUGGUGCCCACUGACGUAAUGGAGACACCGCUGAAUCGGUGCCUGAACACCUUUGACAUCGCGCUACUUGGCAUUGGACAUAUGGUUGGGGCUGGCAUCUAUGUGUUGACUGGAACGGUGGCCAAGGAAAUGGCAGGACCUGGCAUUAUCCUGUCGUUUGUUUUGGCUGGCUUCAUCUCAAUGCUGGCAGCCCUCUGCUAUGCGGAAUUUGGAACGCGGGUGCCAAAGGCUGGCUCCGCAUACGUGUACACCUACAUAUCAAUGGGUGAGUUCUGGGCGUUUGUCAUUGGCUGGAACAUACUGCUGGAGCACAUGCUGGGAGCAGCGUCGGUGGCGCGGGCCUGGAGCGGCUACGUAGACUCCAUGCUGGGUGGAUGGAUUGGCAAUACUACCCUGGCAUUGACGGGCGGCAUGCAUGAGCCGGGGCUGGCCCAGUAUCCGGACAUACUAGCCUUCAUGGUCUGCAUCGUGUACGCAGCUGCACUGGCCAUCGGAGUGAAAGCAACGGCGAUGUUCAAUAGCUUACUUACCCUAGUCAACAUAGCGGUCAUGAUUCUGGUCAUAAGUGUCGGCUUCUGGUAUGCGGACACCAAGAACUGGUCAGAGGCUGAAGGGGGCUUCUUGCCCUACGGCGUUGGGGGCGUCAUUGCGGGCGCAGCGACCUGCUUCUACGCCUUUGUGGGAUUCGACUCGAUUGCCACUUCGGGGGAGGAAGCCAAGAGUCCCGCCACAUCCAUACCCAUAGCCACGAUAAUCUCGCUGUGUGUCGUCACUGUCGGAUAUAUUCUGGUAAGCGCGGCUCUGACACUCAUGAUCCCGAUUAGCGAUAUUAAUCCGGCGGCCUCUUUGCCGGAGGCAUUCGGCCAACUGAAUCUUUCCUGGGCAAAGUACAUAAUCUCAAUCGGAGCUCUGUGCGGCAUGACGACCACAUUAUUGGGCUCGCUAUUUGCACUGCCCCGCUGUAUGUACGCUAUGGCCUCGGACGGUUUGCUCUUUAGCUGUUUCGGCAAAGUGAACGCCAAGACCCAAAUUCCGUUGCUGAAUCUAGCUGUUGCCGGGGUUCUGAGUGCUACUCUCGCGCUGGUGUUCGAUCUGGCCAAGCUGGUGGAGUUCAUGUCCAUUGGGACACUUCUGGCCUAUACGAUCGUCUCGGCCAGCGUGAUCAUUCUGCGCUAUAGACCCAUGUCACAGCUCCACAAUCCCAUACGGGCACCUGACACCCCAGGCAGUCCUGAUGAUGUCUCCGACGAAGACUCGAUGUCGCAGUCGAGCCUGGACACCGCAUCGUCGCCCACGAAUUUCUUGAUCGAGGAAGGACUGGCCGGACGACUAAAGACACAGUUCCGCUACCUGGAGCCAUUGCUGGGACGUUUCGAGCCUGGUUCUGUGGUAUCUGUUGCUGUAAUGCUCUUCAUCGGUCUGUGCUUCGCUAUCUGCGUGGAGCUCAAGGUUUCCUGGACUGAGCUGUACUCGGGCACUUGGUGGGCCCUUCUCAUCUAUGGAUUUAUCAUAUUUUCCGCCUGCCUCUGUGUCGCCGUUAUGGCGGUGCACAAUCAAAACACACGCGGAUUGGUGUUUAAGGUACCACUGGUUCCAUUCGUGCCGGCUCUUGGUAUCUUUUGCAACAUUCUGCUGAUGGUUCACCUGGACGCCGUGACCUGGACACGCUUUUUCGUUUGGGUCUGCAUUGGGAUGGUAGUUUAUUUUCUGUACGGAAUUCAUCACAGCAAGGAGGGUGAAACGUGCACCUCUUAUUCCAUAUUAAUGACAUCAUCCGAGGCUGGCAAAUUGCCGUGGGGUUCGGUCAAAGGUUUUACAUCUGGGAAAGUUGGAAGGCAUUCUGCCAUAGAGAGAUUCACGGGCCGCACUAAGACAGAGGACAAAAAAUCCAUUGCGGAAGAGAGCGAUCAUGAAACUCCUGGGUAUUCCUAAACCAAACGUACCAUAUUCCGAGAACACUCCGAAAGUCUCUAAAGUACUCGUACAUAACCCAUCCGAAUUCGAUGCAUUCUUAAUGGCCCGAUAUGUAAGGUGAUAUUCUGAGAAAUGUGCUCGAGGGAAAUCGAAUCAAAAUUGAUCAAUAGCGAAGUACCUUUGCCACAAGAUAAUAUAUUUAGCCCGUGUCUACUGAGAAUUAUUUAUACCAACCUUAAAGUUAUAAAAAAAUU